CUUACAGCGAUCGGUUACAUGCAUUGAUGGUUGACCCUAUACCAUGGCUGAGGUCAUUGGCACAGUUACGUCUGUCGCUCAGCUUGUGCAACUGAGUGGUGCCCUGCUCGCCGGCGGCUACAACUUCCUAUCCAAAGUCGCACGAGCGCCCAGCGAGAUCCGGAGUCUCCUGACGGAAACAGCGGCCAUCAACAGCCUUCUGGCGCAGCUUCAGCAAAUCGCAGAUACGUCACCUCAAGCCGCUUCAGAUGAUGCGCUGCAGGCGCUUGAAAGGGUAGGUGUCUUUCAAGAAUGUCAGUCAACGCUCAAGUCGAUUGAGCGGGCGCUGGCAAAAUGCGAGCAGGUCAAUGGUCAAGAUGCGAAGAACUUCGGGAGGAAAUUGAUGUGGCCGUUCAAAGAGAAAGAGACCAAAGAUGCCUUACAGAGACUUCAUCACAUGCGCGGAUUGCUCGCAAAUGCUAUCGAGGCCAACUCUGCAUCCGCAAUACGGCGCAUCGAAAUAGGUCAAGGCCUAAUAUCAGACGAGAUGGAGAAUAUUUCUGAGCAGCUCAGUGCGCAGAUGAGUCGUGAGGAAGCACAGAGGGUGGUAACAUGGGUCUGUCCCGCGCCAGCUAAUGGUGCGCAUGUCAGUCUUGCAAGUGCAUUGAGUCGUCAUAUUCCCGGAACCGGAGAAUGGCUCUUACACUCCAAACAGUUUCAGGAUUGGGAAGACUCAAAUGCUGGUACCAUGUGGAUAACUGGUCUUCCUGGAGCAGGUAAAACGCUUCUCUGCGCUUCUAUCAUUCGACAUGUUCAACAGCUCUGCACGGAUACCACCGCAAUUGUAUACUUCUUCUGCGAUCAUCGCGAUCGCGCGAAAAUGGCACACGAAAAUUUCGCUGCAAGCGUCGUGAGGCAGGUGAUGGAAGCUUCACCACUGUCUCUCGAGCGAGGGAGAGUAUUGUACAAUGAGAAGUCUAAGAAAGGCAGCCGUCCUUGUCAUAAAGAGGAGUAUAUACCACUGAUCCGCUCGUCGAUCGCAUGCCUCAAAGAAGUAUUCGUCAUCGUAGACGCGCUCGAUGAGUCCACUGAAGGUGACGCCAUAGCUCAAAGCCUCACAACGAUACACAACUCCGGAAAGAGCGCAGGCUGCCGCAUCAGAACCCUUCUGACGAGCCGGUUCGAUGCUCGCACGCAAGGGCGAUAUCCAAACCUCGCCAUGACACACAUAAUUCUUGCAGAGAAUAUGCGUCCCGACACUCAGCACUACAUCAAGGAAGAACUUCAAUUGCGCCUAGCUAAAGGUGUGUUGAAAGUGAGAAACACCAGCAUUAUGCCUGUCAUACAGCGGCAUAUUUCCCUCUGCGCGGGCACAAUACUACAGGCACGGUUGCAGAUCGACUACAUUUGUGCAGCGAAGUCGGAUAGGGAAAUCAAGCACAUGGUACAAAGAUUACCAAAUGGGCUUGGAUACACGUAUCAAAUACUUCUACACAACAUCGCAACGCGAUACCCAACGAAGAUUCAAGAGGUACAGAAACUGUUCCGGUGUCUUAUUGCUGCUGCCUCGCCCAUGACUGCUCGCCAGUUAGCAGAGGUCUUGGCUAUGCAACCCGAGGAAUGCGAUCUAGACCAUGACGCCGUAGCUACGGAUCCAUACGAUGUCCUGGAACCUGUAUCUGCUCUUGUACGCAUCGAAGACUUGGGAGGACUAACCAGUGUAGUGAAGCUCUGUCAUUACUCAUUUCAAGAGUAUUUGAGCUCUAGUGAGAUUCGACAAAGCCCAGCCAGUGCAUUCCACGUCGACAGAAGCGAGGCGCAUGCUUGGGUGGCUGGUUUGUGUCUACGAUACCUCACUUUCGACGCGUUCAGUAAGCCACUUGACGAGAGUCUGGAUCUGGAUGUUGACGAGAGAUACGCGUUUCGUCGAUAUGCCGCAGUCAACUGGUACAGGCAUGUGACGCUCGCAGGAGACUACUGGUCAGCGAGAAACAUCCCCAUCCCUUUCUUGUACCUAUUCUUCGAUUCUGGAGAGGGCCCACCUUGCUACACAAGAUGGCAGGAUCUGCUUUCCACUAUCUAUUGCGACACCGACUUCUUCGAUUAUUCCCCCAUCUGCUUAUGCAUUUGGCUUGGUUUGAACGCUACUGCAACCAAUCUGAUCCGACAGUUACCCAGCCUGGACUAUAGCUUCGAAAACGGUCUAACAUGCCUGAAUGCUGCAGCCAAGGAGAACAAUCUUUACAUAGCGAAAUAUCUGUUACAACAUGGUGCAAACGCUGAUCAGCCAACUUCCGAACCAGAAUUCCCAAGAGCUUUGACUCCGAUACAUUUUGCGGCCGAGUUUUGUGCUUCGCAGGUAUUCGAAAUGCUCCUGGAGCAUGGAGCCAAUCCGUAUCUACCUUCGACAUCCAGAGCUACUCCAUUCUACCGAGCCUGUCGUGGUGGAGAUCUGGAUAUGGUGCGAAAACUCAAGGAGCACGGUUGCGAUAUCAACGUACAAACUUGGGACAACUGGACACCAAUCAUCGAGGCAAUUGUGAACAAUCAUGAAGACGUACUGGAUCUUCUGAUCGAGUGGGGCGCUGAUCUAAUUACUGUCACAGACGAUGACAUGACGCCGCUGUCGUGUGCCGAACUCUUCUCACAAACAUCAAUGGCAGAAAAGAUCGAGCGUGCGGUCGCUGAAUUGAAGCAGACUCUUCCUGUCGAGUAAUUUGCAAUCUAGAGAAAGACCUGGACGAAGUCAAUCAUACAUCUACAACGGAAAGUGUCGUUCAACGCUCUAUCAUCGCAAUCUCGACUAGCGAGGUGGAUCCUUCGCAUGGCCGGCUUGGCCCGGGCUGAAAGAGCAUAACAGAACUGACUGUCGCGAAUUGACAGGAAAGGUCAAUACCAUCAAGGUACGAGAAGAGAGACGGGACUGAUGAGGACCGGAUGUGCAGUGGGUAAACAAGAUGGACGCUUUGGUCAAGAUGAUGAGGCUAGUGGGCGCAAGAGUGAACGUAAACGCUCGACCUGUUCGAAGAGCAGAAUGAGCAGAAUGAGCAG